AUGCAGAGUUCUGUCUUCAAGUACGUCUGGUUGUUUUUAUUCGACCAGCAAUAUUUCUGGAUUAUUGCAUCUCUUGUCGUUCUCGGAGAUGCUAUCCUCACUCAACUCAUAAUGCGGUUCGUUCCCUAUACCGAAAUCGACUGGGAAACGUACAUGGUCCACAUUGACCUUUACCUGAAGGGAGAGCGCGACUAUGUCAAUAUCACAGGUCCCACAGGUCCUUUAGUCUAUCCAGCUGGACAUGUUCAUAUUCACCGUCUUCUUCAUCUAAUCACAGACGCUGGUCGCAAUGUUGCGCGAGCCCAACAGAUUUACGGCGGUCUAUACGUACUAUCCAUCACUCUCGUAUGCGCGAUAUACAAGAAAGCAAAGGUUCCAAAUUGGACGCUUCUGCUACUACCGCUCAGUAAAAGGCUGCAUUCUAUCUUCGUUCUACGCCUAUUCAAUGACUGCUGGUCAUUAAUCUUUGUGCAAGCAGCGAUUCUCGCUUUCCAGAGCGCUUGGGAUGACGUGGGUAUCUUGUUAUUCAGCCUCGCUCUCUCUGUCAAAAUGUCAGCAAUACUAUAUCUGCCAGGUCUACUAGUCAUUCUCUUCAAACGACACGGCCUCUUCGCGACCAUCCGACACAUGCUCGUUUUGGCAUGCACUCAAACUCUACUUGCACGCUCUUUCCUCAUUUCAAAUGCAAAGUCCUACUUGCAGAAUGCAUUCGAUUUAUCACGUGUUUUCCUGUACAAGUGGACCGUCAAUUGGCGUUUUGUUGAUGAACGAACAUUUUUGAGUCCCGCAUGGGCGAAAGGCUUACUUCUGGGUCACGUAACGGUAUUGAUUGCCUUUGGAUUAUUUCGAUGGUGUCGCGGCGACGGUGGCGUAGCUAGGGUUCUGCAGAGAGGUUUCCGGCGACCCGGUCUACCUGCUGGUUUGGCGCCUGUCGAUCCCGAUUACGUUGCUACUGUGCUUGUGACGUCCAACCUCAUAGGCAUCAUCUUUGCACGAUCAUUGCACUACCAAUUCUACUCGUGGUAUUCACAGCAGUUGCCUCUUCUUACUCAAAGAACAAGGUUCCCUUUUAUCAUGCAAAUGGCACUCAUAGGCGCAAUCGAAUACGCCUGGAACGUUUAUCCAUCUACACCAUUUUCAUCUGGCCUUCUCCUCGCAGCAAAUCUUGUGACACUACUUGGGGUAUGGUUCGGAUACCCAGAAGGAAAGAUGUUUUCAAGGCGUUCAAACAGCAACCGUAGUCAAGUCUCCCAAAAAAAAGUCUCCCAAAAGGAAUAG